CUGCUUGGAGAUGUGUUUUUUAACAUUCCAGCCAUUAAGACUGCUAAUUCCCACAGAGAUGCCGGGGCACCUGUAUACCUGUAUGAGUACCAGCAUCCUCCCAAAUUCCUUCAGGUAAAAAGGCCAAGCUUUGUUGGGACUGACCAUGGAGAUGAAAUCUUUACAGUUUUAGGAUUUUGCUUCACAACUACCCAUGUCAAAUUAGCUGAUUCAUGCCCUGAAGAUGAGGAACAGCUGAGCAAAAUGAUGAUGAGCUACUGGGGAAACUUUGCUCGCACAGGGUCUCCUAACGGCGACGGCCUUGUCCACUGGCCAAAGUAUGGAGCAGAAGAGGAAUACCUGGCAAUUGGUUUAAAGAAGCAGGUAACUGGUCAGCAUCUGAAGAAGGACCGGUUUGUCUUCCUGACUCAGACCCUCCCAGAGAAAGUCCAGCAACUUACAGAGAAGAUGGAGCACAGUGAGCUGUAGAACAGUCGCCUCUCCUUCCUCCA